CACAGACAGAGAAGGAAAACCAACAAGAGAAUGACACCAUUGACUUCUGAGGUGAACCUAAAAAGCUUCCAUAAAGUCAGAGUGUUCGCACCAACACCCAUGUCUGAAGUCUGCAAGCUCCAAAUAUGACUCGAAACAUGAGUCAUAAAGCCGAAAUAGCCUUGAAUGAACAGCCCUUCACUUCAUACUCACGCCUCUGUCAGUGUUGCCAUGUCGAUGAUUAAAAACACAGCAGCGCUGACAAGUUCCUCACCGUUACUCUUUUUUAUUUUCUGCUUCCUCAUUUCUCAGUUUUUCCAGCUUUGGACAAUUGUUCCUUCGCUUGGUGACUGACUGUAAAUACAAUGAUGGUUUAAUAUGCAGUUUUAUUGUAAACCACGCUCGCUCGUGCUCACUUCCACUCAGCCGAGCAGCACAAAUCUGGCCACAUUUGUUUCCUCCACAACAGCAGCACAGGUCUGAAGAGGGGCUGAGGCGUCCUGGAUUAAACCAGAAACAGAGAGACGAUAGUUUCUUACUAAAGUGAAUUAUUCCCAGAGCUCAGAGUCGUCGUCGUCGAGGGAUUAUUGUGUUCUCUGAUGAUCUCGUGAUGACUGUAUACGGACCCUGAUUUCCUGUUUGCACUGAACUCCAGCCACAUAACAGGUUUGGGAUCUGCAGAAGUGGGCCACUAUGUCACUUUCACAGCAGGUUCUGGUGAAUUAUGAAUACAAAUACACUGCUCGAGAUGGCAGAGAGGUGUCCAUCAAGCCCAACGAGCACUACAUCCUAGUAGGCAAGACCAAUGAAACCUGGUGGCACGUUCGGAGGGAUGAGACCGACAAGCCUUUUUUCAUCCCAGCAACCUAUGUGACCGAACUCCCACCUGAGACCAACCAAACUCCACUGGACCCUCCGGAAGAGUUUAGUGGAAGUGAAUACCUCAAGUCCAACUCAGAGACAGCUCCUGAUAGUCUUCCCACCAUCAUUGAGCCCGCUGAGGUCACACUCCCUGCCUCUAUAAAACAAGACACGGAGAAGGAUGGCCAUAGAAUAACAACAUAUAUUAUUCCAAAGAAAUUCUUUGAACCGAAAGGUUUGGAUCCAGAUCCCAUAAAGACUGAAGCAGAGGCCGGUCCUGUGCCUGAAUUCCCGAUCUAUGACACCAUUAAAGACAAUGAUGUUGUCUUUAAUGGUGUCCCUGCUCCUCCAACUAAUGGGGAGACACCACCCUCUAUCAUACUGCCACCUCUCCAUACAGUUAACACACCUCAAUCCCCUAAAAUGGAGAUAAAAUCACCCGUAAAUGCAACAGAAAGGCCUCGGGUGGACUCGAAGGCCCUGGAUCAAGAUGUUCAGAUGCUCAAUAGAGCUGGCUGGGGUGACGUCUGGAAUGCCAUGAAUAAAGACGAGAAUGUGUAUGAGAGUUUGGAUACAGCAAGAGAACCAGAAUCCUCAAUAGCCGACGAAGAUAUGACUGUAAAGCCUGUCACACCAGAUAAGAAUAUGACGUUUCUCAGGAGAGGUGUGUCCUCGUACAGGCCUCUCUCGAGGCUAAAGGUAGAGGAUGACAGCGCUCUCACAGCAGUGUACGUAAACCUCCCCCGGGUGCGACGGAGUACCCCUGACCCCUCCAGUACCAUCGCUUCUCCAUUACAGGAGUUCCCGGACGCUCCCGAUACCCUUCUGUUAGACUCUGCAGGAUGGGAGAUCCAUACUGACGACCAGAGCGGGCAAGCUUACUACUUCCACCCCUCUACGGGCCUCAGCACCUGGGAGUAUCCGCUUAGCUACUCCAUGGAGUCAUCAGUGGGGACAGAGGAGGUCCGUUCUCCUCCCUCGUUCCCCCAGUCUCCCAUCAGCUCGCCCCUAGUCCCUUCUCCUCAGAGGUGGAGCUCGGACUGGGAGAAGGUGCUGGAUCAGAAUACUGGCAGGCAUUACUUCUUCAACCCUGUGUCAGGUCAGAGUUCAUGGGAUCCCCCAGAGGACAUCACCUCACCAGGGCAGUUUCUGGAAGAUUGCCCGCUACCACUUCCUGAGGAAGACUACCCAGCAUCUCCAGAUCUGGAGGAAGAAGCGUCUCCUUUCUCAAUGCCAGCAGAGUAUUCUUUGAUUCAUGUGAAGAAGGUCUCGAUCCCCAGGGCCAGUCUGGAUCACAGCGUCCCACCAGGCUGGACCCUCAGCAUCGACCCUGAAGGGGCUUGGGUAUUCACGAGCGACUACACGCAGGAACAGUGGAUCAAGUCGCUAGAUGAUCGAGGACGGACGUACUACUACCUUCGAGACGGCAGCAAGUCCCAGUGGAACUUACCUGAGUAUGGAGUGGGAAAUGGGGCCUCAAUAGAGCAGGAUACAAUGGGAUCCAAGCAGAACUGGAGGCACAGUGCAGGAUACCAGGAAGAUAAAAGUCACUCAUCAUAUCCUCAGCAUACACCAGACAGCGACGCCUACAGCUCUCUUGAGAUGCCACAUAAUGUUUCAAAUUUGGAAAAGGUUGGAAUCCUGAACAAAACCAAGGUGUCUGAAAACGGGAAGAAAGUUAGGAAGAACUGGAGUAAUUCCUGGACGGUUCUCCAUGGAGGAAUACUGACAUUCCAUAAGGAUCCAAAGUCACCAGUUGGAGCAUCGGGCAAAACCAAUCAGAUAGUCCCAGAAUUCACAGUGGAGCUGAAAGGAGCAACAAUUAACCGGGCAAACAAGGACAAAUCAAGCAAGAAAAAUGUUUUGGAACUUAAGAGUCGCACUGGCGUGGAGUACCUGAUCCAGUACGACACUGAGAGCAUCAUCACUGACUGGUAUAAGAUCAUCACAGACACCAUACGCCAGCUGGAUGCCGAACAACACCACUCUGAGGAUGAGGAGGAAGUCGUUGAGAAGUCCUCAAGCAUAGACAGAGAGGACAGACCCUUCGACAAAAGAACUAUGAGCAAUGCAUCUCGUCAUCCUUCAUCCACUUCAACAUCUGAAGCAGAUCAGAAGAAGGUCCGUACCAAACUGAAGAAGUUUCUCCUCAAGCGGCCCACCCUGCAGUCGGUCAAAGACAAAGGAUAUAUCAGAGAAAAUGUAUUCGGAUGUCACUUGCACAAUCUUUGCAGCCAAGAAAAGACGAGAGUGCCCAGCUUUGUGGAGAAAUGCAUCCGGACAGUAGAGAAAAGAGGUCUGGGGAUCGAUGGACUCUACAGAGUUAGUGGGAAUCUGGCGGUCAUCCAGAAACUGCGUUUCAAAGCAGAUCAUGAGGAUCUGGACCUGGAGGAGGGGAACUGGGACAUCCAUGUGAUCACAGGAGCGCUGAAGCUCUUCUUCAGAGAGCUGCAGGAGCCUCUCUUCCCUUACAAUCUCUUCAAUGAUUUCAUCAAUGGCAUCAAAAUCCCUGAUUAUUACAAUAAAAUAGCACACAUGAGAAAUCUGGUGCGGUCUUUGCUACCACCCAACCGUGAAACAAUGGAGGCCCUCUUUAGCCAUUUACGCAAGGUCAUUCAACAUGGUGAUGAGAACAGAAUGACUGUGCAGAACGUGGCUAUCGUUUUCGGCCCAACGUUACUCAAACCAGAGGUGGAGACGGCAAACAUCACCACUUACAUGGUCUUCCAGAACCAGAUUGUAGAAUUCUUACUCAAUGAAUUUCAGUCGAUCUUCCACAUGUGAUUGACCUGAACUUGCACUGAAUACAAACCCCACUCAAAUGCUGGAGAUGAAGGUGCAAAACUGAUCUCGGUCCAGUGACGGGGACAGUAUACAGAUCUGUGGAGGAAAGCCUCCGACUGGCACAUUUUACAGCAGGUUAUGAGUAGAGAUGCUACAGAAAUCUAGAACAGUAGCAUCUAUGAUUAAUAUAUUAAUAUCACUGAAGCGUUUUACAUGAGCAGUUUAGAUGUUGGCCAAUAAGGGCAAUACACAUUUUAAAGCUGUAUAGCUAAAAUGUAGUUUAAAAUAAUGUGUUGUGUUUCCUUUUAGACUUAAAGAGAGCUGCAUCACAGGAAGUUAUGUAAGAAUAUCAGUGAGCUUUCUUCUUAAACUUUUUUUGAGCUACUCCUGGUUUUUCCUGCUAUGGAAAGAGCAGGUCAGUUAAAUAAUCAUUUAAUUUAACUUGCUUUCCUGUGGUCUUUCUGUAGAGUCGUGCAAAACACUGCAAGUUUUUACCCGAUUUGUUUGGAUUCGCAAUGUGAUAAUAGGUGAAUAAUAUUAAAUUACGACAUUUUUAUGUUUAGGUGUCAAUUUUUUUUAUUUUAUUUAAUACUUGCAUCUGUAACAUAGAACUUUACAAAGAAAAUACUACAGGCCUGUUACUGUAAAUUGGAAAUUUUAAGUUGUAAGUCUUGUACAUUGUCAUUAAAGGCACAAUAUUU